AUAGAGUGUCGUUGACAUACAAGAUGGCGUCGGAGUCAGAAAAAAAGGAUGCACAAGAUACAGAAUUGGAUGAAUUAUUGGACAGUGCACUGGAUGAUUUUGAGAAGACAAAUGUACCUCGUGUCUCCAGUAAUGUGCAACCUAGUGCUGAAGCAAAGGGUGGGCAAAAGUCAUCUUUGAUGGAAGAUAAUCAGUUUUUUGAGUCUCUCUUUGAAGGGGAGAUGGCUAAUCAGGCCCGUGAAGAAUGGGAGAAAGCCAUGGCUGAACUAGCUCAAGAAGAACCAGAGCUACUACAACAAUUUCAAAAGCUCUCUGAGGCUGCAGGCAAAGUGGGUACAGAUGCAGCUUCUCAGCAAGAAUUUGCUUCCUGUCUUAAAGAGACUCUUAGUGGAUUAGCGAAAAACACUGAUAACCUGCAGGCUGCUGGAUUGGCUGGAGAGGAUCUGGCCAAAACUUUAGAAGGGCUGGGAUUGGAUGAAAGUAGUGAAGGAGGUGGGGAUGAUGGCAAUAUUCUGCCCAUCAUGCAGUCCAUUAUGCAGAACCUUCUGUCAAAGGAUGUCCUAUACCCAUCUCUGAAAGAAAUCACAGAAAAGUAUCCUGACUGGUUGAAAAACAACAGGCAUUCCCUCCCCCCAGUGGACAUCCAUAGAUAUGAGCAGCAACACAGAAUUAUGGGAGAGAUAUGUAGCCAAUUUGAAAGAGAUGGAGAUGGGCAAAGCAACUUUGAGAGCAUUCUAGAACUUAUGCAGAAGUUACAAGACUUGGGCCAGCCACCAAAAGAACUAGCUGGAGAGGCACCACCUGGUUUAAACUUUGACCUGGAGUCUCUGCAUCUUCCUGGAACACAAGGAGCAGUGGGAGCUGAGCAAUGCAUAGUCAUGUGAUUUGACCAAGCUUGCUGUGUUUUCACAGUAUGAUGUUAAGAAAAUGCUAGAGAGUGCUCUAUUCUCUGUGCCCUUCCUGUGUACAGGUUGGAGCUUUGGAGUGUGUCUGAAUCGUCCACACCUUUUAAAAGAUCUUCUACUUUCACGUUUCAUUUCUUUUAGUUGAUGUGGAACAGCUUGUUAAAUAUUUUUAAUGCAGGUUUGAUAUUUUUUUCCCCAUGAGCUGAUAGUUUGGCAUUAGAUUUCCACCUAAUGCUUAUCUUAACAGCUUAACAGCUAGAUAUUUGUGCCUGUAUUGUCAAGUCAUGCCAUAAAAUAAUACCUUGAGAGGUGGGUGAUCAAGCUUUAAAAGUAUAAUUAAUUUACAAUUAAGAAUACCUGUAGAUUUUCAAAGGGAGGAUGAUCGAUCAUUGGACAAAUAAGAUCUAUUAAUUUUAUGCACUAUGGUUAUACUGAUAAUUCUAUAUAUUUUUAAUUAAUUGUGUUUACUUGAUGGGUGCAUAUUAAAACCUUGUCCAGUUGUGUGUGGUUUCACAAAACUAAUUGGUGACUAAAACUGACUUCAAAUUAUUUUCCUAAUAGUAAAAUUAGUUAAGAGUGCCUUUUAUGAUGUGAGCCUGUCUUAGAGCCAAUUAAUGCAGGCUUGUGUUUUUUGCAGUCAGGUAACAAAGUAUAUGAUGGAUAAAUAUUAUUCCUCUUAAACUGGGUAAGGUUGGCCACUUUAUUUCUUGUCUUAUCAAACUGUACAAAUGGAGGGUUAGGGAAGUGGUAACAUUUGGGAUAAAUGAAAGCCAUGUAUAUCUGUAGACACCCCACGUAGAUAAAACACCUAUACCAUAACGUCAGCUGGUCCUCAAAAUGCAUCAGUUAAAGUGUCUUAUUUCACAGGUAGUGGUGUUCAGCAUUCUGUUCUCUAUUAGCAUUUUAAAACAUAAUUAUUCGUGAAUAUAGCCCAGAGAAGGGGUGGGAGUGAAAAAGACUAUUUUGAAAUGUGGGUGGCUUUAUAAUUUUAUACAUCUAUAUGUAUACAGCUGUUGGAGCUAUUUAUGUAAGCUGGAACAGUGGAUAAGUGAUCAUCGCAUGUGUGAUGGUGAAAGGACAAAAGGUGCGAAAAUGGAUUGCAGUAAGAGAAGUGGGCACUUGGGGGGUUUGGACACCUGUACAUGUAAAAACACUUGAAUUCAGCUAAAAAGCUCACCCACAGUGAACAUAUGUGGAAAAUAAAAUCUGAAAGAGAAAAGGGAUUUAUGUACUGUGUUGCUGUCUUCUGUUUAGAUUCCUCAUCACAGGCAAAAGUUGUCUUUCAUGUGCAUAUUACAAGAAUAUUUUACUUAAAAUCAGGAGGAGAGAGUGAAUUGCAUUGUUGGUAGCUCUUACUUAGCUAUAGGAAGCUUGUAAAAGUAUACUGGGAAAAGAGAAAUGCAUUUUUUUUUCUUGUUUACAGUCAUACGUUACUAGGUUGAUAUUUGUCUGUACUUGCUAAAACUAAAUAUAUGAAUACAAUGAAGUCAGACCUUUA